AUGGAGCCCUUUCGCGUGCGCCUCAACUGUAUCGACCACUACCAGGCGAUCGCGUCGGAGCUAGACCCUCCACUGCCUAUUCGAGAUGAGUUCUUUGAAAAAGAUUCAAGGCCAAGAGUGCCUGUCAUUCGAAUCUUUGGGGCAACUGAAACAGGCCAACGGGUCUGUGUUCAUGUUCAUGGUGCAUUUCCUUACCUCUACAUCGAAUACAAUGGGUCUUUGGCUCCUGAAGCGGUGAGCUCAGCUAUCCGUACCCUCCAUCUUUCGAUCGAUCACGCCCUGGCUGUCAGCUUUCGCCGGAACGCCUACGAUAGGAAGAUCGCGUUCGUUGCACAUAUCACACUUGUCAAAGGAGUGCCCUUCUAUGGUUAUCAUGUUGGCUACCGGUUCUUCUUCAAAAUAUAUCUCCUCAACCCUAUAUACAGCCCUCGCCUAGCCGAUCUUCUGCACCAGGGAGCUGUCCUGAAACGUCCACUGCAGCCGUACGAAAGCCAUCUCCAAUAUAUUCCUCAAUGGAUGUGCGACUAUAACUUGUGUGGAUGUGAAUACAUGGACUGUGAAAAGGUUAAAUUUAGACCAACAGUCCCGGAAUAUUUGGAAUUGAACAAUCUGAAUCAUCGUUGGCAUGAUCGAACGAUUCACCCCCAGGACAUACUUGAUGACCCAGCCCUUCAGAAACAAAGUCAUUGCGCGCUGGAAGUGGACGUUUGCGUACAUGACAUCUUAAAUCGGGCUCAAGUGAAAGAACGCCCGCUCCAUCAUGAUUUCACCGAAAUGCUUAGACCAGUCGCUAUCGACGAGAGAUUAGUCCCGAGUGUUGCGGGAUUGUGGCAAGACGAGACACGAAGACGCAAGAAGAGAAUGGGAAUUAUCGAUCCUGGAAGUACACCAUUUGGCCCAGAUGAGCUGGUUUCCAUGUCUGCCAACUCAAGAGAUCAAUCAAGGGGUGGCUGGGUCCACGAAGACGAGUUUCACGAGAUGGCCAAACAGAUCGCUGCAGCCGAAGAAGAAGAUGCCGAUGAAAAAGACACAUCGUUUGAGACAUUCUUGGACGCAAAUCAAUACGAAAAACAUGUGAAGACAGCCCUGAGCAGCGUUGAAGACUUCUACCCGAGCACAAUCGACAGUUUUACUGCUGAUGAACAAGCACCUGAAGAAGAAACGAAGAUUUCCGUGGACGAAAAUGUCGCUCUAUCUUCGCAACCCGAGGAGAGCUUCCUCUCGUAUUUGGACCACCCGCAUGAUGUAUUGGGGGAGUCAGUCGGCGAGGAAACUCUGACAACCACCAACAAGGCAUCUGAUGAAAGCUUCUAUGACGGCGUCUUUGACGAAUUUUCCUCUGAGAUACCGAUCCAAGAACCUGAACAAAUGGCAAAUUCAAAUACAACAAUGAAAGACAUGUCGGCGAGUGCACUAGAGGAACCGAAUUUUGACAUCGCAGGAGAAUUUGGGGAAAGAAAUUCCUCGCUCAAGCGCCCUCACGAUGACAUGUCUCCUCCCAGUCGCGUACCAGUCAAGAAACCAAGAUUCUUUGUCCAAGAGGACCAUGACUCCUACAAAGCCCUGGAAACCCAAUGCAAAGUCAUCGAUGGCAUGCAGAAAAAUGAGGAUCUGCUUGGAAGCACUUUGGCCUUGCAAGCACCUCCGUCCUCAGAGCCUAUAUCAUCCUCCUCGCAGAAGACUCUUCGUCCAAGGUCCCACCUGCCUGAUAGUAGGCUGAAUUUUCCAGUGGUGAAAGACCCCAACGAUCCCUUGACGAUCCUACGAUUUAGCCAAGGUGACUCCCAAUCCUCGAAGAAGGAUAUCGAGUCUUCCCAGCCCCUGCCAAGUUCAUUCCCCUCCGGGUCUACCACGAGCGACUCGGGUAACGCUAGCACGAUCGACGGCUCAUCAAUCUUACCGUCUUCGACGGUCAUGGGGAGUGUCGUGCUCGAUCCGCACGUCGCUGACGUUAAAGACAAGCUCCAUGCUUCAUUUCGUUUCUCGACGGAAACGACAUUAUCCAUCUUCAAGUUUCCUAGUCCUGGCACAAACGAGGUGGCCAGUACCCUUGAUCAAUAUGGUCGACCUUCUGUUAUUUACCAGAAAGCAUACUACAGUGACGAAGCAGAUGUACCUGAAAGACCCCGGGAAUAUGCCGGGAAGGAGUUUCGACUUGAAAGUGACUCUAUACACUUCCUUCCCGCAUUCGAUCCUUCCGGAGAAACUCCCGCGGUAUUUGGAGAGCAAGCCCCAGUAUUGCUUGACCGGGAGCACCAAGAAGAAUUCGACCAGAAGUUGCGACAGUCUUCCACAGCUAGAGUAUGGGAGUUUGCACCAGUACCUCCAAGCCGGUCCGAAGUGGUUGAAUGGUUUGAAAAUACCCUGGCCGAAUCCUCUUCAAAGUCUACAAAAAAGGAAUCAAGUGAGCUCAAGAUUGAGACCAAGCUCGAGGCCCUAUCACAGAUCGAAGGCCCCACACAGAAAACUAGCGGAAUCAAAAGUUCUCAGAAAAGCAAGACAAGCGUGGAGCAUCAAGCACAGUACAUGAGUAUAAUGAGCCUAGAAGUUCACGUCAACACUCGUGGAACUCUCUCGGCAAAUCCCGAAGAGGACGAGAUAUCCUGUAUCUUCUGGUGCAUUCAGUCUGAAGAUGAUGAUAUCGAGGUCAACAGUCAUCUUCCUGGCGUCCACGUCGGGAUGAUCUAUCAAGGCGAGGGUGAAAGGCCCGAAGCAAAGAUCUCGAAAGCAUUAAGAACCGAGCUUGACCAUGAGCCAACGGAACUCGACAUGAUCAACAGAUUGGUGGAUAUUGUGCGUUAUCUUGACCCAGAUAUCAUGACUGGGUACGAAGUCCACAAUGGCUCCUGGGGCUAUGUGAUUGAACGAGCCCGCAAGAAGUAUGAUUUCGAUAUCUGUUCAGAGCUUUCUCGGGUCAAAUCGCAGCCCAAUGUGAAAUUCGGGAAAGAGGAUGACCGCUGGGGGUUUGAGCAUGCUUCCUCUAUUCGAAUGACUGGUCGACACAUGAUUAAUAUCUGGCGUGCCAUGAGAGGCGAGAUGAACUUGCUGCAGUAUAGCAUGGAGAAUGUUGUAUUUCAUCUGCUGCAUCGUCGAAUUCCUCACUUCUCCCACCGGGACCUCACUCAAUGGUACCAGAGUGGACAGCCUCGCAAUCUUCUUCGGGUCGUGGAGUAUUUCACAUCCCGCGUGCAGCUGAAUUUGGAGAUCCUGGAAGUCAAUGAAUUGAUUCCGCGACUCAGCGAGCAAGCAAGACUGCUGGGUAUUGACUUCUAUUCGGUUUUCUCACGCGGAUCCCAGUUCAAAGUUGAAUCGUUGAUGUUUCGCAUUGCAAAGCCAGAGAACUUCUUGCUGGUGUCUCCUAGCAAGAAGCAGGUUGGCCAGCAAAAUGCGCUUGAGUGUCUACCGCUAGUCAUGGAGCCUCAGAGCGACUUUUACACCAGUCCCCUUUUGGUCCUGGAUUUCCAGUCUCUCUACCCAAGCAUCAUGAUUGCCUACAAUUACUGCUACUCCACUUUUCUUGGAAGGGCAGCCAAUUGGCGUGGCAGGGACAAGAUGGGAUUUCUGGAUUACAAGCGACAACCGCGCUUGCUUGAGUUGCUGAAAGACAAGAUCAACAUCGCUCCAAAUGGAAUGAUGUAUGCCAAGCAGGAGGUUCGAAAAUCACUCCUAGCUAAGAUGCUCACGGAAAUCUUGGAAACCCGUGUAAUGGUCAAGUCGGGAAUGAAAGCCGACAAAGAUGACAAGGUCUUGCAACGUCUGCUGAACAAUCGGCAGCUGGCUCUAAAGCUGAUUGCAAAUGUCACGUAUGGAUACACCUCUGCCUCCUACUCAGGCCGGAUGCCCUGCUCUGAAAUUGCAGACAGCAUUGUACAGUCUGGACGAGAAACGCUUGAAAAGGCAAUUGCCUACAUCCACUCAGUCGAGAGAUGGGGCGCUGAGGUGGUUUACGGCGAUACAGACAGCUUGUUCGUCUACCUGAAAGGUCGAAGCCGAGAUCAGGCCUUUGACAUCGGGGGAGAGAUCGCACAGGCAGUCACCGAAAUGAAUCCUCGCCCGGUUAAACUCAAAUUCGAAAAGGUGUACCACCCCUGCGUGCUCUUGGCCAAGAAACGAUACGUUGGCUUCAAAUAUGAACACCGCGCGCAAACCGAGCCUGACUUCGACGCCAAGGGCAUCGAAACCGUCCGCCGAGAUGGCACGCCCGCCGAACAAAAGAUUGAAGAGAAGGCCCUGAAACUUCUCUUCCGCACCGCUGAUCUCACCCAAGUGAAGUCUUAUUUCCAGCGUCAGUGCAGUAAGAUCAUGCAAGGCCGUGUGUCUAUCCAGGAUUUCUGCUUCGCACGUGAAGUCAGGUUGGGCACAUACAGUGAACGAGGAACAUUGCCUGCCGGCGCAAUGAUAAGCACCAAGCGCAUGCUCGAGGAUCCCCGUCUAGAACCGCAGUAUGGUGAGCGUGUACCUUACGUUGUCGUCACUGGCGCCCCUGGAUCAAGACUCAUCGAUCGGUGUGUCGCACCUGAGACGCUUCUGCAUGAUGCACAGCUCGACCUAGACGCGGAGUAUUACAUAACCAAGAACCUUAUUCCGCCUCUAGAACGAAUCUUCAACCUCGUGGGUGCGAAUGUGCGACAAUGGUACGACGAGAUGCCCAAGAUUCAGCGUAUCCGGCGCGUCAAUACAAGUUCUUCUGCCGGAUCACGACCAGACAUGCAAAUUGGCCCAAUGAAGAAGACACUGGAGUCAUACAUGCGCUCUUCAUCAUGUAUCAUUUGCCGGGAGAAGCUAUCUAACGCUGCGGUCCCGCUAUGCACGGAGUGCCUCUCCCGUCCACAUAUAUCCCUUUUGGAUGUUGUUUCGAGACUCCAGCGUGCCGAGAAACGAGUUGUGGAUACUAAGGCCGUGUGUCGGUCUUGUACGGGCAUUUCUGGUGGUGAUCCCAUCGCCUGUGAUAGCAUGGAUUGUCCGGUUUUCUAUUCCCGCACACGAGAUGCGGCGCAUUUGCGUCAUUCGAGGGAUGUUUUGGGGCCUGUGGUAGAUCUAUUGGAAAAGAAAGGGGAUGAGGGGUUGGAUUGGUGA